AUGAAGCUGUUUAAUGUUAUGCUUCUCUCAGCAUUGUCCGCCUGUAUCGAGGCCGGACUAGUCCAUGGACGUCGAGACCUACCCUCAGGCCAAUCCCCAGGCCAUGUCUCCAACGUCAGCAUCACCAGCAGCGGCAAGGAACGCAGUUUUCUCGUGUUCAUUCCACCAGGAUACAGCGAAGACCAACAAACAUCUGUCAUCCUUUCCUAUCAUGGGGGCGACAGGGAUGCAGAAGACCAGCGGCACCUCGAUCAGCUUACCAGCCCAGAAUUCAAUCCGGGAUCGCUUGUCAUUUAUCCUCAGGGUAUUCAAGACACAUGGCAAGGUGUUCCCGGUGUCAAGACAGACGAUGUCAAAUUCACCGCAGAUAUCCUAGAUUACGUCGAGUCUCAUUACACGGUAGACAAAAGUCGCAUUUAUGCUACAGGAAAGUCUGACGGCGGUGGCUUCACCAACGUACUAGCCUGUGACGCCGCCAUGUCUCUCCGCUUUGCAGCCUUCGCACCCGUAUCGGGGGCCUUCUACAUCGACACUUCACCAUGCAAAUCAGAUACAGUCUCUAUUCCAUGCAAUGCACAGCGCGAUGAUAUACCCUUCAUAGAGUUCCACGGUGGUAAUGACACGACCAUCCACUAUGACGGCGGAGCGCGCAAGAAGGAGUGUUUACCUAGUAUCCCGCACUUCAUUCAGCAAUGGGCUUUGCGCGACCAUCUCGGGGACAGCAGCCAGGAAACUCAGAUCGCGCCCAACACCGUUCGUUACCUUUUUGGCAGUGGCUCGACGGAGGGGUUGGUUGAACACUAUUUUGAGUCGGAUAUCGGGCAUGAUUGGCCGAGCACGGUGCCAAACGACGACAAUCAGCGCUCUGGCCACCAUAUUGCCAGCUACAACGCUACACCUAUCGUUAUCGAUUUCUUCUCACGGCAUUCCUUGUGA